AUGCCCGCCCGCAACCCUACCGGCUUCGACCUCGCCAGUUACAAGGCCGCGGCUUCCCCGUCUUCCGUCUGGGCCAAGCGGGAUCCAUGGGCUCGCAAUGAGGCCUGGCGCUACAGCGGCCCCUUCAGCAGAGCCAAGCGCUUCAGAGGCCUCUUCCCCGGCUUCGGUAUCGCGUCUGUUGCUUUCGCUGCCUACUGCACAUACGAGCACUUCUUCUUAAAGGACGACCACCACCACGGCGAUGCUCAUCACGGUGACGGUAACCACUAA